UUCUCGUAACGGUGUGCUUCGCGAUGAACCACCAUAGAUAAGGUUUUUUUUUUUUUUUUUUUGAAGUUCAAAACAAAAUACUCUCUCUGGAUUUUCUUUUUCCCAAAUUCAGUGGCGAUUAGGCCUUUAGGGGAAAAAAUCCCAGAGAAGUUUUGAAGCGGAUUAGAGGUGAAUUCGAGUUUUGUUUGGGAGGCUGCAUGAGUUUGGAGAAGCCGAAGAGAACGAACAACGACUCCUUAAAGUUGGAUUACUUGAAAAAAAGAGAAGGGAGUCAAUUUCUGGGAUGGUUGUUUCCAUGGCUCUGGUCAGGCAAUCGCCGUCUUUCGAUUUCCUAUUUCAUUUCCCGGUCGAAAGAACCCGUUUUCUGUCGCCGGCGGCUUUUUCUAUAGCUCGCCAUCGCUUCCCUUCUUGCAGAUGGCUAAGUCUCAGCUCAUCAGCCUCAUGUUCUCGCAGGUUAAACAGUUUUAGUACAAGGUGUUCGAUUAUAAACACAGAUGUAUGUCACGAGUUCGUCACUACUGAUGAUGAAAUCCACGAGGACUUGCCAGCUCCACCUGAGGAUCAUUCAAUUCCAAUUGUUCAUCUUGAUACCAAUAUCGCUGUAUCUGAAUCACUGAGCUUACUCACCGAGUGUACUUACGUAGAUACCGUUUUGACAGCAUUGCCCGUAUUGUCUGAGGAGGAGCAGACUGUACUUGCAGCCACGCCUGCUCAUCCUGAAGGAUUAUAUGUGUUAUAUGCAAGCUGUUUGGUCGGGAAUUUGGUUGAACAACUUUGGAAUUUCGCUUGGCCGUCUGCUAUUGCGAUGCUGCAUCCGAGCUUACUACCUGUGGCAGUCAUGGGAUUUGUCACCAAAUUGGCAAUAAUUAUUGGAGGUCCAGUUGUUGGAAAGUUUAUGGAUCAUAGUCCGAGAGUUCCUACAUAUAUCUCCUUGAAUGUCGUUCAGGCAGCCGCUCAAGUGCUAUCUGCAGGAAUGAUAAUUCAUGCGUACACGGUUCCUUCCACAUUGGGGUCAUCAAUUCUUCUCCAGCCUUGGUUUUUUGCAUUGAUAUUCGCUGGGGCCAUUGACACACUAUGUGGAAUAGCAUCUGGAGUCGCCAUAGAACGUGACUGGGUUGUAUUGUUGGCGGGCAUAAACAGACCAAUUGCUCUUGCACAAGCAAAUGCUGUCCUCAACAGGAUUGAUCUGCUUUGCGAGAUAGCUGGGACGACGUUAUUUGGCAUUCUCCUAUCCAAAUAUGACCCUGUGACCUGCCUAAAGUUUGCUGCCACUCUAAUGAUGGGAUCUUUGCCAACGAUGACAGCUCUUAUAUGGUUGACCAACAAGUUCUCCUCUGGAGUUCUCGACCGUCCUAAAUGCUCCCAGAGCAACUGUGCUACCGAAGCACCUCGUUCUGAUAAUAAAAGUAUUGUUGAUAUUGGCAUGGAAGCUAUCAAGCUUGGGUGGAAAGAAUAUAUUCAGCAGCCAGUUCUUCCCGCUAGCCUCGCAUAUGUCCUUCUCUACUUCAACAUCGUCCUCACCCCAGGCAGCUUGAUGACUGCAUUUCUAACACAACGAUGUGUGAAUCCAUCAGUUAUUGGGGGUUUCAGUGCAUUAUGUGCUGUGAUGGGAGUCGCUGCCACUUUCUUAUCAGCAAACUUGGUCAAACGAUUCGGCAUUCUAAAGGUCAAAUUUUCCCCGCCAUUUAUUCUCUUAAAUUUUAAGCAUGUAUUGCGUUCAAGCUGGUUAAUGUUAUUACGUUUGCGUUUAAAAACGAUGCAGGCGGGUGCAGUAGGAUUGUUUUUCCAAGCUUCACUCCUUGGUGUCGCUGUUGCAGUGUAUUGGAGCUCUUCUCUAUCCCAGAAAAGCCCACUCUUCUUCUUCUUGUCCAUGAUCGUAUUAUCGAGGCUAGGUCACAUGUCUUAUGGCGUUGUGGGAGCUCAGAUUCUUCAAACCGGAAUCCCAUCGUCAAAAGCUAAUCUCAUCGGUGCAACAGAGAUAUCAGUGGCUAGUCUAGCUGAAUCUCUGAUGCUCGGAGUAGCCAUAGCCGCGAAUGAUGCUUCGCAUUUUGGCUUUCUCGCGGUUCUGUCUCUUUUAUCAGUUGUUGCAGCCACUUUGAUAUUCUGCAGAUUGCUGAGAAAUCCCACCGAUGAACAAAGACGGCUCUUCUCCUUCGACCCUCUCUCGAAUUGACUUUGGAACAUUGAAAUGUCUUGUAUAGUAGUAUCACUUUCGGUGUAUAAAUUCUUUAUCUUGUUAAAGUAAAGGAAAACAUGA